AUGACUUGGCAAAGGACGCAGAAAGCCGACGGUGUUAUCAGCAAAGAUUCUUUCCAUGACAGACGACGCCGAAGAGCUCAGCAAGGAGAAAGAUGCGAUCCAGAUGCUUGCGAGCUUGGCGGGAAGACCAACGAAGUCGCAUCCCCGGGGUCGCCGAAUGACAGCAAGCACAGCCCUGACGAGCAUGUAGACCAACGGGUUGAUGCGAAGCGGCGGAGGGAGUUUGACAACCAUGACAACGGGGAGCUGUGUGCGAGAUUUACUGCAACGGUGCCUUCGAAGAAGGUCGAGCGAGCGACUGCAGGGGAUGAUGAUGCAGACGACAGCGACAGCAGACAACUCUACGACUACCUGACCCCGUCCGACCUCAAACUCACACCGCAGGCGCUUGUCUCAACGCGGGUGAGGCGCUCGCUGAGGGUUGAGAAGGAGGGGGAGGAGGAGGUGGUGGUGGAGGUGAAGAGCAGUGCAGGACAACACGUUGUUCACGCUCAUCGCAAGGGAUACCGCGUCACAUGUCUCUGCGGAGAAGUUGCUGUUAACUGCGAAGGAGACCCUCUGUUCUCUGCCUACUGCCACUGCAAGGAGUGCAGGAGGACAACAGGAGCGCCUGUCUUCCAUGGCGCAGGUUUCGAGAAAGAGCAAGUCAAGAUCUCCUUCACCUCCUCCUCCUCCUCCUUCUCCCUCUCGCCGUCCUCCUCCCCUCCGCCCCCUUCCUCCUCCUCCUCCCUGGGCUCCUACGUGGCCAACCGCAUGAUCCGCUACUUCUGCAAAAUGUGCGGUACCUAUGUCUUCGGCGACUGCCGGGAGACAUGCAUGGCGGACGUGAUCGAAGUUCCUUGCGCGCUGAUGGAGGAUCCUCCUCCUCCUCAGUUCCACGCCUACGUGCUGGAGCGACUGUCCUGCCUCAGUCUCAACGACGACUUGCCACAGCAUGAGGACUGGCCGUUGAAGAUGCGAGCGAAUGAGGAACGAUGA